AUACACACCACACCGCAUUCUUAUAUAACUGCCCUGCAUAUACAUACAUAUAUAUAUAUUAAUAUAUACCUUGCUUUACCUCCAAAUUUACUUCAAGCACGCCAAUUGAUUAUUCCUCCAGUUCAAAAUCCGCUACUUAAUCAACUGUUGGAGCUCCGAUUUCAUUUUCGAAUUUCAAUCUCGCGCAAUAGCAGCAGAAUCAGUUGUGUUUUCGAUGGAGGUGGAGGAAGGUGGAGCGGAGAAGCGAACGAUGGUGUUCGAGGAGGAAUCGAUGGAGAGUUCUACGAGUUUUGUCACGGCAUUGCAGGAACUUAAAAACCUCAAAUCUCAUUUGUACUCUGCAGCAGAGUAUUGUGAAAAGUCCUACCUUAAGAGUGAGCAACAGCAGAUGAUUCUGGACAAUCUGAAAGAUUAUGUUUCACGAGCUCUCGUCAAUACUAUCGACCACCUCGGAACUGUUGCUUACAAGUUGCAUGAUAUUGUGGAUCAACAAGCAUUAGAGAUCUCAUCUUUUGAUCUGAAAGUUGAUUGUCUAAACCAGAAACUUCUUACUUGUCGAACAUAUACUGAUAGAGAAGGUCUAAGGCAGCAACAAUUGUUAGCCAUCAUUCCCAGCCAUCACAAACAUUAUACAUUGCCAAAUUCAACGAGCAAGAAAGUGCACUUUGGACCAUAUAUACAGUCAGAUUUUGGGCAGCAUGUACAAGUGAAAAGUCAUCGAUAUCCUUCAGGUGCUUUGGCAGCCAGAACACUUUCUUGGCAUUUGGCCUCAGAAACCAAGUCGACCUUCAAAGGGCCUUCAAUAGGGAUUAUGAGCACCGAGGAGUCGAAGAUAAAUGGGAAUGAGAAAACAUCUGGCAAUUCGAAGAAUAGCUGGAGGAGAUCAACCCCAGCAACAAGAGUAGCUAUGCGAACCCUUGGUGUCACACGGCGAGAUUCUCCACAAAAACCCAAACCCUCAGCAGAAGAGGAUAAUGGCAUCGACAACAAGAACAAAAUUUCAGACUUAUUGGUAAAACCCAAGGCAUCAAACUUGAGGAAAAGUGGGUGAACGAAUGAAUGUUUUUUGGCCAAACAGGUAAGUAAACUAACUAUACAAGGUAGUUAGUUUAUAUACAUAUGGACAUAGGGAAAGAGUUUUAGAUAUAAAGUACACUGUUAUAAUACAAAUGAAAUUCUCUCUGUACUUUCGUCACAUAAUAGGAUAUAUAGUAACACAUACUUAAUGAAUGAUUUUCUUGGGCAUAAUAUUGGUUUUUAAUUGUGGAAAGUGGCUUGUAUCAUUUGAUUCAUUUGGUGAAUGAAAAGUUGGAUCUCUAUGUAAAAGGAGCCUAAAAUAAAUAUAUUGCAUUAGCCCUGUGACUUUAUAAUGACUGUCAUCAUUUUUAGAUCUAAUCUCCUUGUAGAUCUCGACAUUUAGCCAUACUUAAUUAAGUUAUAUGGCGGGCAUUAAUUGAAAAAUUCAACACUUGCUGAUAGGACAUUCUAUAUAGAAAAAUAGCAAAUAAUACAGACUUGGCAGAUAAUAUACUUCAUCAUCAGUCUCAACCUAAAUUAUUUUUUUCAUUCUUUUUGUAUGUCUCAUAUUUUUUUUUAUAUUUUAAUAAAAAUAAUUGUAUAUUAAUAUAAAAAUACUUUUUAACUUUUAGUACAAUGACAAAUGUACUAUUAAUACCAAUAUACUGUUAAUU